AUGGGCUCACUGCUGCCAAUGCCAAACGAACCACAUAAAUUCUUACAAAUCUACUUUAUGGGCGGCGAGGAUUCCGGAAGCGCACUUACCAAUCGCAUGAAUGCACGUUGUGAUUAUAAUAACAUUGAUUCACUUUAUGCCAGGCGCAUCGUCAGCGAGCUAGAUGCUCUUUUGAACGAGCACAACGAGUUGUUGAAAAUAUUCAAAUCACAUAUGCACCAAUUACAAAGCGAUAAUCACGCUAUCGUCAUUAAUCCUGAUAAAACACCAGCUGGAGAGCAUAUUCGUAGAUUCAAUGCACCCGUUGUUGAUGAUGUUGCUGGAAUCAUGGUUGGCGAUUGUACAGCUGCACGAGAAAUUGUGAUUCGUAGAAGAAAUAAUAAUCUUCAGUUCAUUGCUGACACACAUCGUUCAUAUGACGCUCUCCAAUAUUCGCUAAUAUUCUGGAAGGGACAAGACGGAUAUUGCAUAAACAUAAAACAACGAGAUCCCGUAUCAGGAGCUGAAACAAACAAAAACGUUCGCUCAAAGGAUUAUUAUGCGUACCGAUUAAUGAUUAGACGUGGCCUGGACAACGUCAUUUUACGAUGUCGUGAGCUUUGUCAACAAUUCAUGGUCGACAUGUACGCGAAGAUUGAGAGCGAACGACUACGAUACUUACGAUAUAAUCAACAAAAGCUGCGCGCGGAAGAGUACAUUCAUUUGCGAGACGCUAUCAACAACAACGCCGACGUCGCCGAAAUUGGUAACCAUGUCAUUUUACCAUCAUCGUACGUAGGCAGUCCACGUCAUACGCAAGAAUAUAUACAGGAUGCUCUGACUUUCGUGCGCGAAUAUGGACGACCAUGUUUAUUUAUCACGUUCACAUGUAAUCCAAAAUGGCCAGAGAUUACAUCUUUGCUACUGCCUGGCCAAAAUGCAAUACAUCGCCAUGACAUUACAGCACGUGUGUUCAGACAAAAGUUGAAGUCUUUAAUAAGUUUCAUUACUAAAUCACAUGUAUUUGGUCCCAGACGUUGCUGGAUGUAUUCGGUUGAGUGGCAAAGGCAAGGAUUACCUCAUGCACACAUUUUUGUUUGGUUCAUCGACAAAAUCCGUCCUGAAGAAAUCGAUAGUAUCAUUUCUGCGGAAAUUCCAGAUCCAUCCACUGACCAACUGCUGUUUGAUAUUGUUACAACAAACAUGAUUCAUGGUCCAUGUGGUACUCUUAAUAGUUCAUCGCCUUGCAUGGCUGAUGGAAAAUGUACUAAAAAUUUCCCUAAAGAUUUUACCAAUGAUACGGUCACAAAUGUCGACGGAUACCCAAUAUAUCGUCGAAGAAAUCCUGAAAAUGGCGGACAAUCAUUUAUUAAAAAUAUCAUCAACACAGACAUUGAUAUUGACAAUCGUUGGGUGGUGCCAUAUUCGCCUCUGCUGAGCAAGACAUAUAAUGCUCAUAUUAAUGUUGAGUUCUGCAGUUCUGUGAAGAGCAUCAAAUACAUUUGCAAGUGUGUCCAUAAAGGCAGUCGGUACAUCAGCUCCAAUGAAGCUGUUCGGCGUAUCUUUGGUUUUCAGAUUCAUGAACGGGAUCCAGCAGUUGUUCAGUUAGCCGUUCAUCUUGAAAAUGGUCAGCGUGUAUUUUUCACGAACGAGACAGCGAUUGAUCGUGCAAUAAAUCCACCUAAAACUACACUCACUGCAUUUUUUGAAUUGUGUAAUCGUGCGGAUGAUUUUGGUGCCUUUGCACGAACAUUACACUAUUCACAAGUACCACGCUAUUUCACAUGGACUCAAACAAAAACAUGGAUGCCCCGCAAGCAAGGCUCACCAGUUGCUGCAUGUCUCAAUUUAUUUAAAUCAAACGCCUUGGGGCGAUUAUUUACAGUCAAUCCAAGACACACGGAGUGCUUUUAUCUUCGACUGUUGUUGGUUAAUGUUACUGGCCCAUUAUCAUUUCAAGAUAUACCUAAAGUGAAUGGGCAACAAUAUCCAUCGUAUAAAGAUGCAUGCCUUGCACUCGGCUUGCUGGAAGACGACAACCAGUGGGAAUGCAUGCUUGCUGAAGCUGCAUUGAACUGUACAGCAAUACAAAUUCGUCUACUAUUCGCUAUAGUGUUGACUACAUGUUUCCCAGCCCGAGCACAGAUAUUAUGGAAAAAUCACAAAGAUUCAAUGACUGAUGAUAUAUUGCAUCAACAUCGUAUACGGUGCCACAAUCUAACCAUAACAUUCAGCGACGAAAUGUACAAUGAAGCAUUGAUUGCUAUUGAGGAUCUUUGCAUUGUCAUUGUCAACUUACCACUUAGUAAUUUCGGUAUGAAUUCGCCAAAUCGAACUGCAUCUGAUUUAAUGAAUACUGAAAUGAAUCGUGAACUGCAGUACAUUUCAGCUGGACAAGGUGGGUUAUUCUUUUUGGAUGCAUCGGGUGGAACUGGCAAAACAUUCGUUAUUUCGCUAAUUCUUGCUGAAAUACGAUCAAAUAAUGGCAUCGCAUUGGCCGUUGCAUCAUCGGGCAUUGCAGCAUCUUUAUUGGAUGGAGGUAGAACAGCUCAUUCAGUGAUUUCAGACAAACACUUCGUCAUUCCACGUUCAACAUACGCUGAUGAGAUCAACGCUUGCUUAAAAUCAUCUCCAUUGUGGCGUAAUGUUGAAAAAUUACAGCUAAAAAUAAAUAUGCGCGUUCAAAUGCUUCAAGAUCCAUCCGCUGAAACAUUUUCAAAACAAUUCUUAGAUAUCGGUGAUGGAAAAGUUGCUAUAGAUGAAACUGGAUACGUAAAAUUAUCGACCGAUUUCUGCACAAUCGCUGAUACUCUCAUUGAACAAAUAUUUCCCGAUGUACACACACAGUACAUAAAUCAUGAGUGGCUUGCAGAAAGAGCGAUUUUAGCGGCAAAAAAUGUAGACGUUGACAAUUUAAAUCUGAAGAUACAAAUGUUGUUGCCAGAGAACUUGGUAUCAUAUAAAUCUAUUGAUACAGUUUGCGACGACAGUGAAGCAGUAAAUUUUCCCACAGAGUUUUUGAACUCACUGGAUUUGCCAGGCAUGCCACCGCAUAAUUUACAAUUAAAGGUUGGAUCUCCAAUUAUCUUGCUUCGUAAUUUGAACCCGCCCCGGCUGUGCAACGGUACGCGAUUAGUCAUUCAAAAAUUAAUAAAAAACGUGAUCGAAGCCAGGAUUUUAAAUGGCAAGUCCAGAGGUGAAAAUAUACUCAUACCACGGAUUCCUAUUAUACCUACAGAUGUGCCAAUUCAAUUCAAACGUAUUCAGUUUCCGAUUAGAUUGGCAUUUGCAAUGACUAUCAACAAAUCCCAA